AUGAGCGACUUCCCCAAACUGAUGCGCUUGAGAGUGGAUGAUGAGAACAUGGAGAAGAUUCAUUCCGUAGCGCGUAAAGGCCAAACAGAUGAAGUGAAACGGUUUGUAGAACAAGGCAUUGAUCCUUCCAUCCAAAAUAAGUUUGGUUGCACUGCCUUACAUCUUGCGUGUAAGUUUGGUCAAGUUGAGACUGCGAAGUAUUUAUCAACCUUAUGUGAUUCUCAUAUAUCAUGGCACGGCCAGAAGCCACUUCACCUCGCGGUGCUUUCCAAAAAGGAGGAUCUUGUGGAAGCCCUCGUUGCAGGGGCACGGGAUCGCGGUCGUAAUGUGGAGGCCAUGUUAAACGAACAUGAUGAAUUUCAGGUAACGGAAAUCGGGGAACAUGAUAUCCACUCGGAUGGGCAAACGGCGUUACACUGGUGUGUGGCCCUCGGAAGUGAGUAUUUGCCCAUGUUAAAGUUAUUACUGAAGCUGGGUGCCUCACCGACCGCCAAAAGCAAGGAAAGUAUGACGAGCCUAAUGUAUGCGAUCAUCACUAAGAAUGAGGAGGCAAUGGAAUGUAUGUUAGAUGGGGCUAAAAGUGGACAACUCCGACUGGAUUACCAAGACAAAGAUGGGAGGACGCAUUUGCAUCACGCCAUCUUGAGCAACCGUGAGGACUAUGCCAUGCGCUUUAUUGAGUUGGGCCACGGUUUAGAUCAGGAAGAUGAUAACCACGAGCCACCGCUGUUUCAUGCACUCCGCGCUGCGAUGCCUAAACUGCUGGCGUAUCUGUUGGAGAACGUGGACACGUUUUCCGUUCAGCAAGCUCCCUUUCAUAACGGCUCCACUGUCAUGCCCGAGCGCAUUCAAUGGUUGCCUUUUGCAACUAAUGAGCAGGAGCAGAAUGAGUGCAUAGCGUUGUUUCAAAAGCGUCUAUCUGAAGUCUGCGCACCACAAGAAGCUGUUGUGAAGAAAAAGAAGGCCAAUAUCAAGAAGAUGCACUUGGCGCCGUCUGCGCCUGUGCGCAAGCGCAGUGUCGGACGCCCUAAAGCCUCCAAAUAG